AGCUCCUCAGAUACCAUGGCUGCCACUGUACAGCUGCUUUCAUGUGCUUUUAUGGCUGGAAAUAUUCUUUAUCGUGCUGCAAUGGAAAAUCCCCUCUGUAAUCCCCUGGGAAUAGUUCUAUUACCUAGUCAGGAGGAUACACCGCAGUCCCAGCCCACCUCCCUUCCUGUUUCAGGUUGACGGGACAAAGACCCCUUUACCGGCCCAGCUGGGACCUGUGGCCAACAUCACCAGGGUGAAAAACGUGGUGACUCUGAAAGCAGGUGCCAACGUGGAGAUCCAGUUUAAUGGCCGCCAUGCCUUGUUUGUCCGUGUGGGCCCGGAGUAUCGGGAGCAGCUGUGCGGGAUGUGUGGGAACUUCAAUGGGGAUCGCAGGGAUGAUAUAAUCCUGCCCAAUGGGGAGAGAGCUUCGAACGACGCAGAGUUUGGGAAUGCCUGGACCUCUGACAUCAGCCCACCAAGGUGUAAGAAUGACACUGGCUUCACUGAGCCCUGUCCAAAGUUGUACGAGGUUGAGCAAGCAUGUGGGAUCCUCACAAACCGCACCGGACCGUUUGCCGAGUGUCACUGGCACGAGAGCCCAGCCCCUUACUAUGAAUCCUGUGUCUACGACCUCUGCCAGUACGGACCGGGCAAUCACAUGCUGUGUGCAGCCAUCGACUCCUACCAAGAGAUGUGUACUAUUCACGGUGUGAAGAUAGGUAACUGGGGAGAAGCGACUGGCUGUGCUCGGGAGCGGACUCGUGGCCAGGCCCGGGGCUGCGGCCGGAGGGGCAGAUGCCAGGAGCUGGUGACCAAGCCACAGCCAAGAGCAGAACCAUGGCUGCAACUGGGGCAGAGCAUGCUGGGUGGCACGCCCUCCCUGCUCCUUUGUGGGGGCUGGCCUGUGCCCCCCCGGCUGCUGCUCAACACCCCCUUAGGAGGGUGUGCCCGGCAGUUUGGGGACUACUGA